AUGAAACUUAACCCAAAUAAAAUACAGUUCUGUGAAAAAGAGGUAAAAUUGCUUGGCAUUGGUUUGAAUGGUGUAGAUAUUACGCCAUCGGAGAUUAAGAAGAAUAAAGCAUUGGAGUUCCCAGUGCCGACAGAAGUAUCUGAUGUAAGAAGGUUUUUGGGAUUAACUGGAUGGUUUAGAGACUUCAUAAAAGACUACGCAGCGAAGAUAAUAAAAUUUACAGAUAGUUUACAAGGUAAAGGUAAGGAUUGGAAAUGGACUGAAGAGAUGAAUCUAAAGUUUAUAAACUUGAAAAAAACAUUGAGCGAAUUAGGAAAAAAGCUUCGGAUUGUGGAUUAUGAGAAAGAAUUUUUACUAAGGACGGAUGCAAGUAACAUAGGAAUGGGUGCGGGACAAAGAAAAAUGGUCUCGGUUCAGUGGGCAUCGAAGAAGUUUACGCCAACGGAGAUGAAGUAUGGAAUAUCUGAGAAAGAAAUGUAUGCGAUGUUUUGGGCCGUAAAAAAAUUGAAUAUGAACUUAGAGGAAGAAGAUUUAAAAUAG